AUGGAGACCCCCCGGGCGAGACCCAAACUUGCCAAUCCAGGGUCCAAAGUGGCAGUGAAAGAGGAGCCGGGGGAGGAGUUGCGAAUCGGCCGUCCCCGAGACCCGGCCGAGGGAGAGACGUUAUCGCCUUCAGGGAUCCGGCCAGAGGUUGUGAUCAAGGACGAAUCGGAGGAUCCGUCGUACCGCGCGGGUCUCCGGGAAGCGAGUGACGAGGACGCCAGCACCGAUUCCUCUGACACCAAGCCUGACGUUAUUGUGAAGAUGGAACCGGAGGAGGAAGAGGAGAAGGCGAAGGAGGAGGAGGAGGGGGUCCUUGGCUGCUCUCCCCCUCCUAGGCCUGCCCCCCUGGCCGGCUGCUUGGAGCCGAGUCCCAGCGUACCGCGGGGACAGUUGAGCCAGGAGCCGUGCGGAAAGCGCGUGGAAGGCGCUCCUUUCCGGGACUGCCCCAAGACGAACCGCAGCAGGGUUCAGGACGCGGCCCCAGCACCCGCCUCCGAUCCUGGACGAUCCCCCGCUGCUGUGGAAAAGCCGACCGGAAUCGUCUCAGGUGUGACCGAGGCCUACCGCCGCCCCGAGCGGCCCUUCGCCUGCAGCGUGUGCGGGAAGCGCUUCCCGCACCGCGGCAACCUGGCGACCCACCUGCGGGUCCACACGGGGGAGAGGCCCUUCCCCUGCGCCGAGUGCGGGAAGCGCUUCAGCCAGAAGGGAGACCUGAGGCGCCACUUGCGGGUCCACACGGGGGAGAAGCCCUUCGCCUGCCCCGUCUGUGGCAAGCGCUUCUGCUCCAAGCAGACCUUCGUCCUCCACCAGCGCACCCACACCGGCGAGAGGCCCUUCUCCUGCCCUGAGUGCGGGAAGCACUUCAACCACAAGGCCAACUUCCUCACCCACCAGAGGAUCCACCGGGGCGAGCGGCCGUUUGUCUGCGGCGAGUGCGGCAAGGGCUUCUGCGCCCGGAAGACCUUCCUCCUCCACCAGAAGAUCCACGGGGGCGAGCGGCCCUUUGCCUGCCCCGACUGCGGGAAGAGCUUCAGCCGGAACGGGGACCUGACCCGCCACCAGCGUAUCCACACCGGCGAGCGGCCCUUCGCCUGCGCUGACUGCGGGAAGAGCUUCAGCCACAAUGGGGAGCUGAUCAAGCACCGGCGCAUCCACACGGGUGAGAAGCCCUUCUCCUGCCCCGAGUGCGGGAAGAGCUUCAACCGCAAGGGUACCCUGGUCACCCACCAGCGCAUCCACACCGGCGAGCGGCCCUUCACCUGUGGCGAGUGCGGCAAGACCUUCAACCUGAAGACCACCCUGAUGAAACACCGGCGCAUCCACACCGGCGAACGGCCCUUCGCCUGCCUGGAGUGCGGGAAGAGCUUCAAAUACAAGGGGAACCUGCGGACCCACCAGCUGACGCACACGGUGGAACGGGUGUACCCGUGCACCGAAUGCGGCCUCGUCUUCGGCCAGCGGAAGCAGCUGAAGGGGCACCAGGCGGCUCACGCGGGGGACCGCCUGCGGCCCUGCUACGGGCAGGACAGCAAGGACGGGGACCCCUUCCUCCCGGUGCACCCCCUCCUCCUCUCCUGCGCCCCGCUUCCCGUGCCUCUGGAGACCCUGACCAAGUUCAAGCCGGAAGUCGGCUGCCAAGGCCUCGGACUUCGGGACCCCGACCCUUAA